AUGACCGUGGCUCUCAGACCUAUCAUUGUUUUCUCGGGCAGGAAGGACAGGCAAGAAGUUGCUGGGAAGCUACCAUCGGCAUGGGCAUCUCUCGCAGCCGAUCAGUUUGCCGCCCACAUUCUCACCAUCCCGCUGCUGACGUGGCGCCUGCCGUCUCCGCUCCUCCCUGCCUUGCGCCACCUGUCAGCCCUGCAGCCGUGCCUCCUCUCCUGCCUGCGCAAGGCUCCAUCCCCCCACCCCUCGCCACCCGACCCAUACCACCGGCUCACCUCCCAUCUCCCCCCUCCCGCCUGGGCCCUGGCCAACCGGUGGCAUGUGCUUCGGGUCCUAGAAGAGGCCCUUAAAGCCGAAAAAAGGGUGGCUGCUGACGUGGCAGUGGUGAUGACUGUGUUCUGCAGGGCGUACGCACACCUUCUGCUCGUGCUGGAUGAUGAGGAAUUCUACCAGAGACAGUUCCCAUUUUCGCUUUCGGAGCAAAGAGUCAUUGCAGCAACACUCAACACUCUCGUCUACAACACCCUCAUCUCCUCCCCCUCCUCCUCCUCCCCAUCCCCUUCCACCUCCUCCUCCACCUCCUCCUCCCUACUCACCCCCUCACAAUCCGCUCUCCUAGAAGCGGCCACUCGCUGCCUCCUCCCUCUCCACGACCGCGACUGCAGACGAGCCUUCUGCGAGCCUUCCCUCUGGCUCGCCCCGGCCAAUCGCCGUCCCCCACCUGUGAUCUCUGCAGCAGGAGGCGGAGGAGGGGAACUUGCAGGAGACGGAGGAGGGAUGGCGGGAGGAGGGAGAGGGAGAGGAGGCGUGGAGAAGGGGAAGGAGCAGCAGAGUGGGUCUGCCAUGGCUGCUGUGCUGCGCACCCUGCCCCACGUGCUGCCGUUUGAGAAGAGGGUGCACAUUUUCCGCGAGCUGAUCCAAGCAGACAAGGCGAGGCAUGGAUUAGGCGUAACUCCUGGCAUGGGCAUGGUGCGGCCCGUGGUGGACGUGUCUGUGCGGCGAGACCUGCUCGUGGAAGAUGCAUUCGUGCGAUUGAAUCAACUCGGACCCAUGCUCAAGGGCCGUGUGCGUGUGUCCUUUGUGAACGCGUUUGGAGCGGAGGAGAUAGGCAUGGACCAGGGCGGACUCUUUAAAGAGUUCCUCACUGACCUCGCUAAAGCAGCCUUCGAUCCGGGCUACGGGCUCUUCUUACAAGCAGCCACAGAAGAAGGCUACCUCUACCCACACCCGGCAGCAGCGGCGUUGGGUCACGGCAUUCCCAUGGUGGAGUUUCUCGGCCGCAUCGUGGGCAAGGCACUCUACGAGGGCAUUCUGCUCGAGUACAACUUCGCGCCCCUGUUUGUGUCGAAGCUCGUGGGGCGAUACGCGUUCCUGGACGAGCUCUCCUCCCUGGAUAUGGAGCUGUACAGGAAUCUCAUGUAUCUCAAGCAUUAUGAAGGGGAUGCCUCUGAAUUGGCACUAGAUUUCACGGUGACAGAGGAAGUGUUGGGAGAGCAUAAUAUCGUGGAGCUGCGGCCAGGCGGCAGUCACAUCGCAGUGACCAAUGAGAACAAGCUGCAGUACAUUCAUGCUGUUGCUGACUACAAGCUCAACCGUCAGAUGGCAGCAGUGGUAGCAGCAUUCCUAAGGGGCCUCUCAGAUCUGAUUCAGCCUGAGUGGCUGCGGUUGUUCAGUCCAAAGGAGUUCAACCAGCUGUUAUCAGGUGGAGAGCAGGAUGUGGACGUGGAGGAUCUCCGGGCGCACACGAGAUACUCGGGUGGAUACAUGGAGAGCGACCGAACCAUCCGCAUGUUCUGGGAGGUGGUGAAGGAGCUAUCGAGAGAGGAGAAGAGCCAGCUGCUCAAAUUCGUGACCAGCUGCUCUCGGCCUCCGUUGCUGGGCUUUAAGCAUCUGAACCCGCCCCUCACCAUCCACAAGGUCAAUGUGGACGCGUCCAUGUGGGCUACACUAGGAGGGCCCGAUGUGGACUGGCUUCCCACCGCUUCAACCUGCUACAACCUGCUCAAGCUGCCCACAUACCAACGAGCCAGCACAUUGCGGGAUAAGCUCAAGUACGCCAUCUCCUCCGGAACUGGCUUUGAGUUGUCAUAA